AUGAGCUCUAUCACUAGUAUUUCUAACGAAAUUAGCACCUCUUGCCUUCCACGCCUUCUCACCAAGGCCGAGUGCCGUAUGAAACAACUGGAAUCUAUCAAAAAGGAGAUCUCGCUCGGCCUCAAAUUCCAGAAUCUGCUAGCUAUGCAAAAAAUCUGGACCACGAUGCCUGGCGACAUGCAACGUGAGGUUCUCGCUGCUCAACGAGAGGGUAGAGCCUAUGUGGCUCCAGAUGACAAUGAGCCAGCUGCCAAGAGAGCCAGAAUUGAGGAAUCCGACUAUUCGAAUGUCGCAUUCUUGCCACCACCCGUCGAGGAGCUUCAGGAGAUUCAACAGGACGAUUUGGAUAUGUGGCUGAACAAUGGAUUCGAUCCGGAGCCAGCCGAUGACGUGUACAAUCCAGAAUUCCACUUUGCCGCCGAACAGAUUGCUCAGCCUGACCAGCCAGAUCUUCCGCCAAUGCUCGACUUCGAUGAUUUCUAUUAUCGGGAACACGGAAUGAGCGAGCAGGACUACAACGACAUUCAUGGACGAUUCUUCUGA